AUGGGCGCCUUUAAAAUAUACAGUAAGGUCAUGGGUGAUAAUUUACCCCCGCGCCCCCUAGCUCGCCUCCCCCCGCUCCGCCUGGCGCUGUGCUGGCCUCUGCCCUCGCCAACGCCCUCGCUGCGGGUUCUGCGCUGCCGCCCCCUCGGGCUCCUUCUCCUGGGUUUCUGGCCGUACAUUGCUAAGUAUUACUGGGAACGGCCGACUCUUGCAACGGCUACGCAACGGGUAUAUCCCGUCUGGGGCUGUGUCCGGGAACGGCCUGCCAUGGACGCCGUUCUCCAAGAUGCCAAACAACGAGCCAUUGCAUUUCCCGAACUAUCGGACAUAGUGACUCCCUUAUGGUCUGGUACAGAUGGACAGCUAUUGACCAACCAGACUCAGCUAGCCACUUCGCUGCUUGAGUAUAUUGUGCGCGGUAUUCUGGUCGACGCUUCCAACUGGGCAACUGCCUGGGCGAAUAUAGAGAAAUCCAGCUCUGGUAGUACCGGAGAUAUAACAAUGAUGGCCAUUGGCCCUGGAUCAUACUCGUUUUUGAAGCAUGCAUCCAGGUGCUCUGGUGGUGAUAGUGAUUCAGAGUCGCCUAGAAUUGUCGACGGCGGCAAGGAAGAACUCUCACCUUCAGAUAGUGAUGGCUUUGCGAUUGUAGGGAUGUCGGUGAAUUUCCCAUUGGGGGCUACCAAAGAACAGCUCUGGCAUACGUUGGAGAACGGACUGAGUGCUUUGCAAGAGAUCCCCGAGACUCGCUUCAAGGUGAGCGACUACUCUGACAGUCGAUCCAAACGGUCCAUGUCCACCCGCACAGGCAACUUCCUCGAUAACCCCUUCCUCUUCGACCAUGGCUUCUUCAAUAUCUCCCCCCGCGAAGCAAAGUCGAUGGAUCCGCAGCAGAAGCUCUUGCUGCAGGGAACGAAACUCGCCCUUGAUGACGCGGGAUAUGUCCCUGACACAACGCCGUGCUUCCAGAGAGACGCCAUCGGCUGCUACAUCGGCGCCGCCACUGACGACUACGUCCAGAAUCUGGCCGACGAUAUAGACGUCUACUACUCGCCUGGUACCCUCCGUGCGUUCCUGAGCGGGAAGCUCUCCUAUGCCUUUGGGCUAAGUGGACCGUCGAUGGUGGUCGACACGGCAUGCUCUUCGUCUCUAGUGGCCAUCCAUCAGGCCUGCCGCGCUUUACAGAACGGUGACUGCGCGACGGCAAUCACAGGAGGUGUGAACGCUAUUACAAGCCCCGACAUGUUCCUCGGGCUCGCACGUGCUCAUUUCCUGAGUGAGCAAGGGCAGUGCAAAGCCUUUGACGCCGGUGCCGAUGGCUACAGCCGUGCUGAGGGAUGUGGGAUCUUCGUCAUCAAGCGGCUGCAAGACGCCCUCGAUGAAGACGACCGCAUCUACGGCGUAAUCAAGGCAGUCGAGGUCAACCAGUCCGGCACUGCCAGGUCAAUCACCCACCCGGAAGGUCCGACCCAGGCCAAGCUGUUCAGGCGAUUGCUUGCCAGAACCGGAUAUCGGCCGGGGUCGAUCACCUUUGUUGAGGCUCACGGGACCGGAACCCAGGCUGGCGAUGCGACGGAGAUAUCCAGCAUCGCGUCGGUGUUUGGCGGGCGCCAGAGCUCGAGGCAACAGGAGACAGUUCACCUUGGCUCGAUCAAGGCCCAUAUCGGCCACGCUGAAGCGGCAUCAGGUGCGGCGGGCCUGGCAAAGAUCUUGCUCAUGAUGUCCAAAUGCAAGAUUACCGCGCAGGUCGGGAUUGGCGCAAUGAGUCCCGUUCUAUCUGCGUCUCAAUGCAGGAAUCUCCGUGUCGCAACAGAGGAGUUGCCGUGGCUGUCUACGGCAGGACGCCCCCGAAGAGCCCUACUCAACAACUUUGGCGCAGCCGGGUCGAAUGGCGCGCUGAUCAUCCAGGAACCACCGUUGGAAGUGGAAGGCCGCGAGUGCGGUACAGGACGAGCAGCAUACAACUUUUGCAUCUCAGCCAAGACCCCCGACGCCCUCGAGCGGUACCGGCUUGACUUGAUUCGAAUGCUUCAAAGUACGCCAGCCGUGGAACUGGGACAUCUCUGCUACACAGCCACUGCCAGACGACAGGCGUACAGUCAUCGAAUCGCUCUGGUAAGCCAGAGCGCAGAGGACCUUCUGAGGAACCUGGAACGUGGGAGCAUCGCGACCGAUACGUCUCCGGCAGAGCAACGGCCGGUGGUCUUCGUCUUCUCCGGGCAAGGCGGGUCCUAUCCAGGCAUGGGCAAGGCUCUUCUCUCAACCGCACCGGUCUUCAAGCGAGCGGUGGAAGAGUGUGACGCGAUCCUCGAGUCUCUCGGUCCGUGGAGAGUGACGCCAUACUUGCAGGACUCCUACGCCUCUGGAGGUGUCAGUGCGAAAGACGCGCUGAUCUUAACCCAGCUCUCGUGUUUUGUUGUCGAGUACGGCCUGGCUUGCCUGUGGCUCUCCUUCAACGUUCGGCCAGACUUUGUGUUUGGGCACAGUCUGGGCGAGUAUGCUGCGUUGGCCGUCAGUGGUGCUCUUUCAUUGCGUGACGCACUCUCGCUCGUGGCGUUCCGCGCUCAAUUGAUGGCCCAAAAGUGCGAGAUGGGACGCACGGGGAUGCUCGCAUGCAACCUCUCCGUCGCUGAAUACCACGCCCUCCCAAGCCCCCCGGAAGGCGUGCACGCCUCGUGGGAGAUAUCCUGCCUCAACGGUGCAACGGAGCUGGUUCUUUCAGGGGGUAUAAACGACCUCGAAUGGCUGGCCGCAAGGCUCCAACGCGACGGCCGUCGCUGCAAGCGCCUGGAUGUCCCCAUGGGCUUCCACUCCGCAGCCCUGGACCCGAUGCUGGAGCCGUUGCAACAGUUCUGCGGCAAUCUACUGUUCCGUCCAGCCAGGUUCCGCAUGGGCUCUUCCUAUCUUGGACGAGAGCUGCAGCUUCGCGAUCUAACCCCGGAAUAUCUUGUCAACCAGACCCGCGGCAUGGUUCAGUUUGAGGCCCUGCUGUUGUCCAUCUCGCAGGAUGCUGAUCUCCGUCGCCCGAGCUUCAUUGAAAUCGGACCUUCGCCCCUCACGCUUCCCCUGCUGAAGAGUGCGUUUUCAGGUUCCGGGCUGGACACUCUCUUUCUGCCAUCGCUGCGAAGGAGCCAGGAUCCCUGGGUCACCAUGUGUAGUUCUCUCAACGCUUUGGCCGUGCGAUACCGCGACAUCGACUGGCGCCAGGUAUUUGCCGGCACCAAUGCAAAGCUCAUUGAUUUGCCCUAUUAUCCGUUCCAGCAAAGCGCCAUAUAUAUCCCAUAUAGGGAGCGGUCUGGGGCUGACUUGGAUGGACACCCUCCGCCGCCUAGCGACCCCCCACUGGCAUUCCAUCUGCUCGAAGAUGUCCUGCCAAGUCGCGAAGAUCCGUCCGUCUUGCGCCUAAAGAUCAGUGUUGCCGCGGUGGCAAGGUACAUAACCGGACAUAUGGUUGGAGGCCAUGCAUUGUGCCCGGCGUCCGUCUAUCAUGGGAUGCUUAUUGAAGCCAGCACGGUUGACCCUCUCGCACGCGGACCGCGGGAGUAUUUGCCCGUGGUCCAGGAAAUGGUAUUCUCGCGGCCUCUCUUGCAUACUGACACGGACCCUGGAAGAGUGAUCCAAUUGAUGCUAGAGAGCCCUGGUUCUCCCCAAGGUCUCCCGCAAGAUCCUAGCACCCCGAUCGAUGCCCGGAAUUUCAGCUUCCACUCCAUGGACACAGCCCGAGACGACAGUGCGGUGUCCCAUUGCUCCGGGCGAGUUGCAUACGAACCCCACGCAGCGACGCAGGGGUAUUUGAAUCUGAAGGCGGCCUACGUGCAACGCCAACUCAGUCAUCUCCAUGCACAACGCAACCAAAAGAACCAUUUCCAGACGCGAAUGAUUUACAACGUCAUCUUCCCGCGCGUUGUCGCCUACUCGGACAUUUACCAGACCUUGCAAGAGCUUACUGUCGUGGAAGGCAGUCUAGAAGCACACGGCACCUUUUCGUCUCCUGUCGAGCCCGUACGCAUGCAGAGAGGCGCCUCGCCUGUCUUUGUCGAUACACUCUUGCAUGCAGCCGGGUUUGUCGCAAACAUCCAGGCUGAACCGAGCGAAGCCUAUAUAUGUAGCAAGGUCGCAGCCUGUCGGAUGCUCACUGAGCAAAUUGGGACCCAUCAGCAAUGCAGUAUCUACUGCAGUCUUCUUCCGUCCGGCGCAGGGGUGCUGGUCGGGGAGGCAUAUGCCAUGAACAGCGAGGGUCAAGUAGUGGCAGCAGUGGAAGGGAUGAGUUUCCAGAAACUGAACCUCGUAUCUUUCCGACGGCACCUGGAGCGGGUUGCAGCUGGUUCUCCGCGUGCCAACGCUGAGUCCAGAGCGGGUGGGACAUGUCCUGUGCAUGCAAGGCAUACGGAUGUGGACUACACCCUUCUGCAGGCUGUAGCCCAGAUUUGCGAAAUACCCUUACCAGCUCUCACACCCGGCUCGUCGCUUUCGGAACUGGGCAUCGACUCGCUGAUGAGACUGGAGCUGAGUGAGCAAAUAUCCCAGGUCCUCCCACACGCAAAGGUCGAGACGGCGCGGGUAAUUGGUGCCCAAACUGUCCGAGAUUUGCAGCGUGCUGUGCAUCUGGCAGGUAGCUCAAAUGUGCAAGAUCCGCCCCAAGCAUCCUUCAAUUGUGACGCAGAGGAAACGGGUAGACAGCCGAUCCCUGGCCCGCCAGUCCAGUCGUCUCCUCAACCCUCACUCCUCGAUGUGCUGACUUCCACCCUCCAUGCAAUCACCGGCGUACCAGAACGUGACAUAACUCCAGAUACCCCGAUCCACUCUCUCGGUGUCGAUUCUCUGCUCUCAAUCGAGUUGUCCGAAGCCCUUGCACACAGACUGGGACAUGGCAUUCCACCGGAAACAAUCAAUUCGAACUGGCGGCUGUCAGACCUGGAGCGCCAGCUCCAUACUCAACCCUCUCCAAUGCGACCGUUGUCGCCGCCGCCAACAACAACAACCCUAACAACCGGGUCCAGUCCCGGCAACAUGACGCCGGCGUCAGAGCCCAGGUCUCUCCCACCUGUGUACAUAGACAUUCUAUCCCGAGGUUCAGCGGAUCGCAUCCCGCUGUUCCUGUUCCAUGACGGGGCCGGGACAGUGGGCGUAUACAAAGGGCUCGGAAACCUCGGCGCCGCCAAUUGCACCGUGUAUGGCAUUGCGAAUCCAACUUGGGCGGCAGGCCCGCACUGGGCUCGCAGCCUGGUCGAGAUGGCGACGCAUUACGCUGCAUCAAUAGUAUCACAAACACAGAGAGGGGAAGUAGUGCUGGGAGGCUGGUCAUUCGGCGGGGUACUGGCUCACGAAGUGGCCCGGCAGCUGCUGUCCGCGGGCCAAGGACCUCGAGUGCGCGGCGUGAUCCUGGUCGAUGCACCCUGCCCCGUAGACCACGACCCCCUCCCAUCGCGCGUCAUCGACUAUCUGCUUACCUCCAGCUCGAAUUCCAACUCCAACGCUUCGAGGCUGCCCGAUGCAGGAUCAGCAAGCCGGAGGAACAGCCAGACCGCCCGGUCGAUCCUGGCCUCGCAAUUCGAGAGCCAUGCCCGUUUGCUUGCCGAGUACGCGCUCGUGGAGGUCGACGCCGUUGGGGCCGAUGCACGCACGCCAACCUGGACGUUGACGCAGUCGAUCCCAUACGUGAUGGUCCAAUGCGAAGAUGUCCUCGACACCACGGGUCUCUGUGGCACCGCCUAUCCAUUCCUCGAGGAUAGGGCUGCGCGAGACCAGAAUAACCAUGCGUGGGGGCUGUUGCUCAAUCGCGAGAUCGAGGUCCUGCUGACUCGGGGUAAUCAUUUCGAGCCGUUCAAGCCGGAGAAUAUUGCACGGACCUCUCAACAGAUGCAAAUCGCCUAUCGGAUGAUUGUUGCAGACCGCGGAUCCUAG